UUCACCGGUUCGAACGUUGUCGCGCCUGCGCAAUGCUUACCCCACGCACCAGCACGUAAUGUCACCGUUGAGCCAGUCUGACGCCAGGCGCCGCGAAGCUAUGACGUCACUGGUUCGCGCUUUGCCGACGUACUUGCUUUUCUCGCCAACAACGAUAUUUUGAUGAGAAAAAUCAAACGAUAGUAAGGACAAGAUCGUUCAAUUUUGUAAGUGAAUUUUUUGGUACGAUUGUUUCUCGUGAUCGUUCUUGAAAGAGAAAUAAGAAAGGAAGAUAAAGAAAAAGAUAAAAAAAGAAAAUAGAAAGAGAGAAUCCUCGAGGACAAUCGGUUAGUCGAAAUCGAAAUAGCGAGAUUCGAUGAGGAUCAAACUGGAACGAGAUUAUAUCGGUAAAGCUCUACGUAUAAGGAAUUCGACUGGCUUUCCAGUAAACUUCUACAGACGUCUCUCGAGGAUCGGCUCAAGUGCGAGAUCGCAACGUGAAAUUAUCAAGAAGUUAUUUGGAAUUCGUACGAAUGUUCUCAUUGACGAGCUAAAGUUUCUAUAAUCCAAAUUGACAUACUUUCGAAAACUUUUGUCUAAAACUUUUUAAGAAUAGAGAUAGAGUAAGUUUUUGUUUUGCAGUAAUAAUAAACGACAAAAAAAAAGAAAAAGAAGAAAGAAAAAUUAAAUCGAUUAUAAGAAAGUGUUCGACUAUAAACUCGAAGAAAGUGAAAACGUAACUCGAUUCGAAAUAUUUCGAUUGGAGAUGUAAUCAAUCACUAAGAAUUGUCUCGAAAGACUUUACUCGAUCGAGAGUGAAUCGAAAGGAAAGAAAAAAAACAAAGUGAUUUGGAGAUAAGAACGUGUCGAAGGAUAAAAUUAAAUCUCUCGAGUCGAUUUUUUUCAAGUACGUCUUCUCUCGUCUCCUCGAAUUUCUCUAAUAUAGUCGAGCAGCGAUGCACGGUGAACGGUGAGAGUUAUUUCUCUGAGAACGAGAAAAUAUAUUUACGUUGUUCGGAUAUUCGUCGAGGGAGAAAAGUUUUUCGUCGAAGGAGAUAAAAAGAAAAGAAAUAAAAAGAAAAAGACGACGAAGGGAGUCGACGAAAAUGGGCAAGAAAAAUAGUAAGCUCAAGCAGGAUACCAUCGAUCGACUUACCACCAAUACUUAUUUCACCGAGAAGGAGAUUCGGCAGUGGCACAAAGGAUUUCUCAAGGAUUGUCCAGACGGUCUAUUAACUGAAGAGGGUUUUAUUAAGAUCUAUAAGCAGUUCUUUCCCCAAGGUGAUCCUUCCAAGUUUGCCUCGCUAGUCUUCAGGGUAUUCGAUGAGAACAGCGAUGGCACGAUAGAAUUUGAAGAAUUCAUAAGAGCUCUCUCUGUUACGUCACGAGGAAAAUUGGACGAGAAGCUGCAUUGGGCCUUUCGAUUGUACGACGUUGACGACGACGGCUUUAUCACGAGAGAGGAAAUGUAUGAUAUCGUCGAUGCGAUAUAUCAAAUGGUGGGACAACAACCACAAGCAGAAGACGAGAACACGCCGCAGAAAAGGGUGGACAAAAUAUUCGAUCAAAUGGACAAGAAUCACGACAAUAAGCUUACUCUUGAAGAAUUUCGAGAGGGUAGCAAAGCGGACCCACGAAUCGUCCAAGCUUUAUCAUUGGGCGGCGAGUAACCGUUCGCUAAAAGUUAUUACCAGGAACGACAGACGAGAUCCUUCGAUCUUCUAUUCGUGUCGAGAGAUUACGUCGUCGUCGAUUUGAUUUAUCCAAAUCCGUGGAAAGGAAGAGCGGAGACGAGAGAAUAUAGCGUCGCGCAUCACGGGGGAAGAUAAUCGAAAUGAAAAGAAAAAAAAAAUAAGAGAAGAAUAUUGAGGGAAAGGUAAAAAAAGAAAAAAAGAAAAAGAAAAAAGGGACGGAAAGAGAGACAAAAACAAAAAAAAAGUAAUACGAAGAAGAAAUGAGAUGGAGUGCCCAAAAGAUAUUUAUCAACGAUCAUCCAGUUCGCGUCCCAGUAUUUUUCCCGAUCCUCGGCUUUGUUCGCUUUGUUGAUUGAUACGUUUGGGAAAUCACAAUGAUGCUUAAAAUAAGUGUCAGCGUGUAUUAGAGAAAGAAAAAAAGAAGAAGAAGAAAAAGAUGAGGGAGUAAAAGAAUAACAAAAAUGUUCGUUGCGUAUCCUUCGAGAGAAAUAAUAUGGAAUAUAUAUGUUGAGGCUUAAAAAAUAUUAAAGCUUUCUUCGCGGACAGAAAAACGAUGAUAUUUUCAUCGUUGUGUGGAAUAUUAUCGGCUAAACCGCUUUUCUUCCUUCGUUUAAUCGUGCGAACAUGCAUUAGAUCGUGAAAUGAAAUGUGUGAAAGAAGGAAGGAAGGAAAGUCGAGGGAAAUAUCGCGAAUGUAAGGGAGGAUUAGCUGGGGGAAAAGAAGGGAGGGAAACCGUGCCUUCUCAUCGAUCCUCGUCUUUAUCGGUUAUAACGUUCUCAGCGUGUCGUGGAAUAUGCGCGUCGAACGAAUGCGUACUUUUAUCGAGGAAGAAAAGAAGAGAAAAGAAAAGGAGAAAAGAAAAGGUAGAAAGUAGGAAAGAAAGAAAAAGAGGGAGGGAGGGAGGGGGUAAAUAGAGGUAGUCGAGAAGGAAACGAAAAGGGCAUUUAAAGAUAGAAAUAAAAGAGAAAAAAAUUUACAAACGAAAGCUUUUCUUCAAAUUCGCGUGUAUUCGUCGAAUAAAAGAAGGAAAAGGAAGAGGGAAAGAAGGAUCGUAGAAAGUUGAAUUUUUCAAGGACGAGGAUCGCGACCAAGCGGUCUCGUCUGUUUUACAUAUUUGUGUCUACCACGAUGAACAAAAAGUUUCUUCCUUUUUUUCCUUUUCGUCCUUUUUCUUUUUUUCCUUUCUUUUCCUUUUUUUUUUUAAUGACGCAAAGGAUCGUUGGUGAGUCCUGAAAAAUUAGAUUUUGAUCUGUCAGUGGCAUCCUACUGUUACACACUAAACGAUUAUCAAUUAUUAUUAUUAUUAUUAUUAUUAUUAUUAUUAUUAUUAUUAUUAUUAUUAUUAUUAUUAUUAUUAUUAUUAUUAUUAUUAUUAUUAUUAUUAUUAUUAUUAUCGUUAUCUAACAGCUAUCUAUGUAAUACCGUUAUAUUAUAUUAUUACUGUUUACACGGCUGAUCUCUCUAAAAUCUUCUGUCUAACGCGUUCUUAUGGAAAAAAAAGAAACUAUAUUUCCUUAAAAGAAUACAUUAGAAAAAAAAUCUUUUUAAACGAAUAAUAGAAAUUAGUAGUUUAUGUACCUAUCUAUCUAUCUAUCUAUCUAUCAUCUAUCUAUCUAUCUAUCUAUACAUAUAUCUGUAAAUGUAGGAAAUAAUCUCUGAAAUGUAGGGGAAAAUUUAAAUCGAUUUUCAACGUGACGUAUUCAAGCACCGUGUUAUAAUUUUAUUCUCCGUUUCGUAAUUGGAUAUCUCUGACUGUCGAGUUCGACGAUGCAUGAACACUUUCUGAUACCAAUACGACGAUUUUAUCUCACCAAAUGCAAUACAGUCCAGCUCUUGUCGUUAUUUACCUAAUGUUAGAUAUACCUAUAUACGUAUAUACCAACGGUAUCGUAUCGCUGGUAAAAAGGGUGGAAAAGUAAAGUACUAUCUUCGAUUAUUGGAAAAACUUAUGCCCAAGUGACGUAAUUUAAAGAUACUCCAAGAUUUCUGUCUACGGUUCAAUCCGAGUAGUCUAUCCUAAGAUAGAAAAGAUGAUUCUUACAGAUUUGGAAAGUUGCCCGCGUUCGCACUGUGAUGUCCCACCACAAAUCCUUCUAAAUUAUAAAUGUGUUAGGCGAGGAACUUUUUGAUAGAUCGAAAAUAUGAUAGUAAGUUAUAAUUUGCAAUUUUUUUUUCUUCUCUUACUCGAGGGAAUUAACUAGACGCAAUCUUUACUCUUCUUCUUCUUUUCAUCUUAUUAUUUUUAUUAAACAUUAUUCUCGUAAACAGUAAUUUCCGAAAGUAUUACCAAGAACUUGAUUGCAUUAAAUUAUUCAAAAUAAACUUACGCGUUGGGAAAAAUAAAAUAAAAUACAAUUCUUUCGAAAAAGUACCACAUGUAGCAGCUAACGUAUAUUUCUUUUUUCGCGUUAAUUAAUCUAUAGAUUUCGGAGAAUUUUCGGCGUGCCAAGAACUCUAUUUCUUUUUCCUUUUUUUUUUUUUCUUUUCAUAUCAUCGAUAUUCAAAAAAACUUCGAUCAUGAAAACUUUCCGAAAGGCAAAUCCGAAUGGAUUUAAAUCGCACCUUCGUCUUUACAUCUUGAACGAUCGAGGAAGAUCGAUUUACGAGGAUUCGUAGAAUUUUCUUUCCCUCUCCUAUUCUCCGAUUUCAUCUUUCCUCUUUCUCUCUUCCAUUCGACGUUAUUUCCUUUUCCUCUGUAAAAUGAACUUUCGAAAGGAACUCGGAGACUUCGGCUACGCUUUUAAAACUCUGUAAAAAGUAUAAAAAUAUCUUUCAACGCGAAACUCGUUCGUUUAUCGUGCGCGCAAAUUCUUCAGCAAAGCUGAAGAAAUGAGGAAGCUUCGGUGUGAGGAUUAAAAUUCGACUCAGGAGAAAAGUUCUUCUUUAUGAAGAAUUUUAUCAAAACCGAAGAGAAAAAAACAAGAAAAACCACGAAGGAAAAAAGUUCGAGAAAGAGUAGGCUAAAUUUUUUUUGAACGAAUUUCGAAUUUUCUCUUUCUCCCUCCUUUCCUCCCUCUUUCUCUCUCCCUUCCUCCCUCUUUGUCUCUUCUCCUUUCCCUUUUCUCUUUCUCUUUCUUUGAAAAUUAAAGCCUUCUUGUUUCUUUUGUCUUUUUUCUUGUUUUUGCUUAGCCCGGCAGAAAAACCGCAAUCGCAUCGAUAUUGGCAAAUUUCCCACGAAAUACUUUUUACCUUGGCAGCAUUCAACGAGAUUACGUUAGCAAAUAUUAUCCGACGAAUUUCCACACUUUUUGUACAUUUUUUUUCUCUCUCUCUCUCUCUCUUUCUCUCUUUUUCUUUCUCUUUUUACUUUAUCUCGCCGAUUUUAUUCUUCUACGAUUGUCUAUGAUCUUAGGCAUAAAACUAGGAAGAAAAGAAAAAUUAAAAAAUAAGAAUCUCGUCGCAUAAAAUGGUUAAAAACGAGAAAUCUGUGCUUAUUAGCAAUCACGGUUAAGUUAAAAAAAAGCACGCAGCUCAAUGUGUUUCACGUAUAUAAAUGCAUAUGAACUUAUAUAUAUAUAUAUAUAUAUAUUUUUAUCACUUACAGGAUUACUAGAUAUAGAAAUAACGCAAGAGUUUAUUAAUUAAAUACUAAGAACUUCGAUUUAUUAUAGAAUUUUUACCGGCAAAUCAAAUAGUUUUUCUAGUUACAUAUCUAAUAUCUUGCUUGCUUCUAAUAAUAAUUGUUCGCUACAUCUUUAGGUUUAUUUUCUACACAAAAGAUAUAUUUCAAAAGGCCUGUGCUGUGUAUUUCUGUAAUCGUUAAAAGAGACGAAAUGCAACAAUGACAAACAUUUUUUAUCGAUCGAAUGAAAAAUACUGUCUGUUUGGGCAGGAAGAUACAUUUUAACUUAGGAAAGAUGAAUGAGAUACAAGAAUUAAGAAUCGUAGCAAUAAUAACAGUAAAAAGAAAAAAAAAGAAGAAGACAAAAAGAAACUUUGAAUGCAGUCGUUUAAGUGUUUUAAUAAAAUAAGAAACGAAGAACAAUCUCGAUCAUUUCGAAACGAAUGAGAUUUCACGAUUAUCUACGUUUCGAAUGAUUCAUCUAAAACCAAAGAAAUGAAAUAAAAAAUUUUCAAAUUUUACGCCGAGAUCGUAAGAUAAUCUUGAAAGAUAAGCAGAGAGAGAGAGAGAGAGAGAGAGAGAGAGAGACAGACAGACAGACAGACAGAAAUAUACAUACGAAUGAAAAUACAGGGGUGAGGGUGAAAAGUUUCUAGAUCAAUUCGAAAAUCAAAUUACACUUUUUUCCGAAACUUUUUAGGCUAAUUUCCUUUUUUUUUCAGAUUGUACAACUGUCACAGGAACUUUUGGUCCACCCUGUAGAAUCGAUUUCUUAGGUAUAUUACGUAAAUAAGGUAUUCUUUUACCAACUGCCAGAAAAAGAGAGAAAAAAAAAGUAAAAACGAGUGAACGAGCGAACGUGCUGUUAUAUGUAUAUUUUUCUAUCUCGUUUCUAUUAUACAGGGUGAUUCAAUGACUUUGUUACGUACUUUUAAACAUCUCGUUUGAUAAUUACUACAUAAUAGAACGUGAUGUGUGUUAUCAAAAUGCUUUCUCCAACCAUAGUUUUUAAUCUAAGGGGUUGUGGUAAAUCAUUGUUUUGUUUUUAAUGUAAGCUUUGUUUUUGAACGUUUUUGGAGUAUGUCACGUUCUGUAAUUAACAAACGAAAUGAAUUCCUAUAUGAACAGUCGUUCAUAAUGAUCUCCUCUAUCGGCCUUAAAAGUUUUUAAAAGAAAAUCACAGAAUCACCCUGUAUAUUCUCUUCGUUGACGCUGUAUAAAUCGAUUCACACGUCGUCGCACGUCGAGCAUCGCCGUCAUAUCGCAAAUUUUCUUUUCUCGAGUGCAAAAACAAAAGAAAAGAAAAGAAAAAAAAAUAAAGAAAAGUAUAGUAAAGGCACGUUCGUCUUGGAUCACCUUCUUCGUCGUCGUCAUUGUCUCUUUCUAUCGUAUUGUAUCUCUCGUCCUUGUCUUUUACGAUCUACUGCGUGUGACCUUUUUGUAUCCUUCGUUUAUCGUCGACUUUUAAAGGAUCGAUAUAUAGCGAGAAGAAACUGGAGACGAUACUCUCGAUCGACGAAACUCUAUAUGUGUAUGUAUAAAACGUGGACGAAAUCGAGGGAGUCGUCGUCCUUUUAACGAUGAGAAGAAUGAUACUAACAAAAAAAACGAAAAAUUAAAAAAAAAAAACGAUAUAUAUGUAUAAAGAAACGGCGAUAAAAUAAUAAGAAAAGAAAGGAAGAUUACUCGAAUCCAUUUUUCUUACGAUUUUCAAUGGGAAUACAAGUAAGAGAAUUGACAACUAUGUCUCGCUUAGUUGAACAAAGAAAAAGAACAAAAAAAAAAACAGAAAUAAAAAAGCAAAAUCGUAGACGCUUUUCGUGUUAAAACUUCCUCAUACGUGUUUUGAAUCGAUCUCGCCCAUUAUCUAUCUCUAUCUCUCCAUUUAUCUCCUUCUCUCUAUUUCGCACGAUUUUCCUUCUCGCUCUUACCCAUGUCUCUCUUAGAAAUAAUUAAACGCGCAAAGAAAAUGGAGAAAGAUAGAAACCAAGCCGAAUUCUAAAAAAUGUUUUUUUCUAAAGAAAUUUUUCAUCCCUCUUCUCUCUCUCUCUCUCUCUCUCUCUAUCUAUCUAUCUCUCUUUCUCUUUCAUCCUCAUGUUCCUCAUCCGCCCAAAAAAAAUGCUAAUCGAAAUAAUUAAUAUGUUCAAAGAGUGAGAUUCUAAGCAAAAGAAAAAGAGAAAUUUACAAUCUGUUACGUAGACCUGAUUCUCUUUUUACUCCUUUAACAUCUCCCUCGAUUUCCCUUUGAUAUCCUCGAAAGGGAAC